UGCUGUCUGGGUGCCCUUGUACCCUGGGUGCCUAAGCAAAGAUGAAGAUGGGAAAGGAGCACAGACAAAGGCAAGUUCUGUUGAUCUUUCUCUUAUUGGGAGUGGCUGGGGCGGGCUGGGAGCCCCGCCAUUACUUUGUUUUGGAGGAAACACCCAGCGGCACGUUUUUGGCUGAUCUGCUCAAGGAGUUAGGGCUGGGAGUUGCAGAGCUGGCUGCUAGAGGAGCCCAGGUGGUCUCUGAGGAUAACGAAUCCCGCUUGCAGCUUGAUCUACAGACUGGGAAGCUAAUAUUAAAUGAAAAAUUGGACCGAGAGGAGCUGUGCGGCCCCAUUGAGCCCUGUGUCACACAUUUCCAAGUGUUACUGAAAAAACCACUGGAAAUAUUUCGAGCUGCGCUACGAGUGGGAGACAUAAAUGAUCAUUCUCCCGAGUUUCCUGAGAGAGAAAUGACGGUGAAGAUCCUGGAGAGUAGCUCUGUUGGUUCUGUGUUUCUACUUAAAGGCGCUCAGGAUUUGGAUGUGGGCAACAACAGCAUUCAAAACUAUAGCCUCAGUACCAAUUCCCAUUUCCAUGUUUCCACCCAAACCCGAGGUGAUGGGAGGAAAUACCCAGAGCUGGUGCUGGACCAAGAGCUUGACCGCGAGGAGCAGGCAGAGUUCAGAUUAACUCUGACAGCGCUGGAUGGAGGUUUUCCGCCCAGGACUGGCACCUCACAAAUCCGGAUUAUUGUCUUGGAUGUCAAUGACAACGCCCCUGAGUUUGCACAAGCGCUCUAUCAGGUGCAGAUCCCAGAGAGCAGCCCCGUGGGUUCCCUGGUUGCUAAGGUCUCAGCCAAGGAUUUAGAUACUGGGACAAACGGAGAAAUAUCGUAUUCUUUUUUUCAUCGUUCUCAGGAGAUGAGUAAAACUUUUGAGCUAAACGCCCUCUCAGGAGAAGUUCGACUAAUUAAAACACUGGACUUCGAGACAGCAUCUUCAUAUGAAAUAGACGUAGAGGCAUCUGAUGGCGGAGGGCUUUCUGGGAAAUGUUCUAUUUCUAUUCAGGUGGUGGAUGUCAAUGAUAAUUACCCAGAACUAACUGUUUCCUCGCUCACCAGCCCCAUCCCAGAAAACUCACCAGAGACAGAAGUGGCUCUAUUUCGAAUUCGGGACCGAGACUCUGGGGAAAAUGGAAAGACAGUUUGUUCCAUCCAAGAUGGUAUUCCUUUUGCACUGGAACCUUCUGUUGAAAACUUCUACAGACUGAUGACAGAGAGCGGGUUAGACAGAGAGAGCAGAGCUGAGUACAACAUCACCAUCACAAUCACCGACAUGGGCACACCCAGGCUCACAACCCAGCACACCAUAACAGUGCAGGUGUCUGACGUCAACGACAAUGCCCCCGCCUUCAAUCAAAGCUCCUACACCCUGUUUGUCCAGGAGAACAACAGCCCCGCCCUGCACAUAGGCACCAUCAGCGCCACAGACUCAGACUCAGGCUCCAAUGCCCACAUCACCUACUCGCUGCUGCCCAUCCAAGACCCGCAGCUGGAUCUCGCCUCGCUCAUCUCCAUCAAUGCCAACAACGGGCAGCUGUUCGCGCUCAGGGCGCUGGACUACGAGGUCCUGAAGACCUUCGAGUUCCGCGUGGACGCCACAGACCAAGGCUUGCCCGCGCUCAGCAGUCAGGUGCUGGUGAGGGUCCAAGUGCUGGACGCCAACGACAAUGCGCCCUUCGUGCUCUACCCUCUGCAGAACGCCUCUGCGCCCUACACAGAGCUGCUGCCCAGGGCAGCGGAACCCGGCUACCUGGUCACCAAGGUGGUGGCGGUGGACAGUGACUCGGGCCAGAAUGCCUGGCUGUCCUUCCAGCUGCUGAAGGCCACGGAGCCAGGGCUGUUCAGCGUGUGGGCUCACAAUGGCGAGGUGCGCACCUCCAGGCUUCUGAGUGAGCGCGAUGCUCCCAAGCACAGGCUGCUGCUGCUGGUCAAGGACAAUGGCGAUCCUCCGCGGUCUGCCAGUGUCACUCUGCAUGUGCUGGUGGUGGAUGGCUUCUCUCAGCCCUACCUUCCUCUGCCGGAGGUGGCUCGCGACGUCACGGGCUACAAUGACGACCUGCUCACGCUGUACCUGGUCAUCGCCUUGGCGUCUGUGUCUUCUCUCUUCCUGUUGUCUGUGCUGCUGUUUGUGGUGGUGAGGCUGUGCAGGAGGGCCAGGGCGUCCUCUCUGGGUGGCUGCUCUGUGCCUGAGGGACACUUUCCUGGCCACCUGGUAGAUGUCAGCGGCGCGGGGACCCUGUCCCAGAGUUACCAGUAUGAGGUGUGUCUGACCGGAGACUCUCAGAGUAAUGAGUUUAGGUUCAUGAAGCCAGUGUUUACCAAUAUUCAAAACCAAUUUCCAGGGAAAGAGUUGGAAGUACAGCCUGAUUUCUUCUUGUUGUUUAUAGUAAAAUAUGAGAUGGAUGACUGGAGGAAAUUUUCUUCCUAAUUGCUUUGUAAGGUAUGCUAAAAUCAGGAGAUUCACUGCCAGACACACUUGCAUUGGAGAAAAAGUCACAGGUACAACUGGGAAAGCUUUCACUAGUGCUGAGAAAUCCCAGCGUAGUUAGUAACAGGGAAGCCUCUUUAAAGGGGUAAACAGGUUUUCUAUGAACAUGCUUUUAAUGACUUUUCCCUCGUGUACUGAGACAGCUAUGUGACACUGACCUCAGAGAUCACAGGUACCACACUCUCUGACGGACAGAACUUUCGGAAGUUGGUCUCAUCUUUCCAGUCUCCAGUUCGCCUGGUAAUGGGUUAGGAAAAAGAAAGUAUUAUUCUCUCCAGACUCUUGUUAUUAACAGCCAGUGAGUAGGAGUAGUUCCUGACACUUGGAAGCACUGAAGACAAAUUUCAAAAUAAUGUUGAUUUGAAUAUAAAAUGGGAAAAAGAAGUUUAUUACUGGUACAUUUAGAUUUGGUCUUGCUCUCGAUUUUUCUGCAUGGCAUACUUGGGUUAAUCCCAGCAGUCUUCUCGUGUGCUGAGAUGUUUCGAAGUAGGCCCAGAGAUUCAAACUUGUUAGGUCAGUUCAUUCGAGUUUCCAUUGUCUCACAAAUUGUUUGGCAAAUGUUUCUUCCUCUUCUAUAUAACGAAGUGUUGUGUGAAGUAUUUGUGAUACUUUGAACGAAAAUUGUCUCCCAUAGGCUCCGGUAUUUGAAUACUUAGUCUCCAGUUGGUGGAGCUCUCUGGGGAGACAUUCUGGGGCUGCUGGAGAAAGUACCCACCGGGUUGGGCUUCAAGAGUUCAUAGCACAGCACCCCAUCCAGUUGUCUCUCUCCACUUGGUGUUUGUGGUUGAAGAUUUGAUCUGUCAGCUUUUUGCUCUGGAUCCCUGCUUCUAUAGCACCCCCAACCAUUAUGGUCUCUCUCUGGGAACACAAACAAAAAUAAACUUUCUUCCCACAGUCUCAUUUGGU